UGAGAGUCACCUUUGCGGCCGCUCUAGCUCGGUUCCGGGUUCGUUCUCCUCAGUGGCGGCGUCGGAGGCCUGAAGGCCGACGUUCUGUCCGGCUUCCGGACCCGUCUCUAUGGUGGCGGAGGGAGCGUCCCCCCGCGAAGACUGCGCGUGUGGUGGCCCCGGCCGCACAGGCCCCGCUCGGCCUUGAGGAGGAGGCACCGCACUGCCCCACUGCGGAAGGGAUGGGAUCGGAGAGCAGCGCUUUGAAGAGCUACAAGCUGAAGGAGCCGCCUUUCACCUUACCCUCUGGACUCGCCGUUUACCCUGCUGUCCUGCAGGAUGGCAGAUGCGCUUCCGUCUUCGUGUAUAAGAGGGAAAACGAAGACAAAGUUAACAAAGCUGCCAAGCAUUUGAAGACACUCCGUCACCCUUGCCUGCUGAGAUUUUUAUCUUGCACUGUGGAGGCAGAUGGAAUUCAUCUAGUCACUGAGCGAGUGCAGCCUCUGGAAGUGGCUUUAGAAACACUGUCUUCCGCCGAGGUCUGUGCCGGCAUCUACGACAUCCUGCUGGCUCUCAUCUUCCUUCACGACAGAGGACACCUAACACACAACAAUGUCUGCUCAUCCUCUGUGUUUGUGAGCGAGGAUGGGCACUGGAAGCUGGGAGGGAUGGAAACCGUCUGCAAAGUUCCUCAGGCCACACCCGAGUUUCUGAGGAGUAUUCAGUCAGUCAGAGACCCAGCAUCUAUCCCUCCUGAAGAGAUGUCUCCAGAAUUCACGACCCUGCCCGAGUCACACGGACAUGCCCGGGACGCCUAUGCGUUUGGGACACUGGUGGAAAGUUUGCGCACAAUCUUAAGCGGACAGGUUUCAGCGGACGUUCUCUCCAGUUUGCAACAGACCUUGCACUCAGCCUUGCUGAAUCCCCUUCCAAAAUGUCGGCCAGCGCUCCGCACCUUACUGUCCCAUGACUUCUUCAGGAAUGAUUUUCUAGAAGUUGUGAAUUUCUUGAAAAGUUUAACAUUGAAGAGUGAAGAGGAGAAAACGGAAUUUUUCAAGUUCCUGCUGGACAGAGUCAGCGGCCUCUCGGAGGAGCUGAUAGCCUCGCGGUUGGUGCCGCUGCUGCUGAAUCAGCUGGUGUUUGCGGAGCCUGUCGCUGUUAAGAGUUUUCUUCCUCAUCUGCUCGGCCCCAAAAAAGACAGUGCGCCGGGGGAGCCGCCUUGUCUGCUGUCGCCGGCCCUGUUCCAGUCGCGGGUGAUCCCAGUGCUGCUGCGGCUGUUCGAGGUGCACGAGGAGCACGUGCGGAUGGUGCUGCUGUCCCACCUGGAGGCCUAUGUGGGGCACUUCACCCAGGAGCAGCUGAAGAAAGUCAUCCUGCCGCAGGUGUUACUGGGCUUGCGUGAUACCAGCGAUUCCAUUGUGGCCAUUACUCUUCACAGCCUGGCAGUGCUGGUGUCUCUGCUUGGACCAGAGGUGGUUGUGGGAGGAGAAAGAACCAAGAUCUUCAAACGCACUGCCCCAAGUUUUACUAAAACAGUUGACCUUUCCCUGGAAGAUUCUCCCCCGCACGUCGUCUGUAGCCAGCAGAGUCAGAUGGCACCAGUCUUAGAGAACCCCUCCUCUGGCAUAUUCCCUAAAUGUCUCUCUUCUGGCAGCAUGCCCAUCAGCAAGAAGCGCAUACAGCGAGCUUGCUACAAUACUCGUUUACAGACAGGUGAUCUGUUUCCUCAGCCUAUUAAAUUUCCCGUGAACGGACUCUCAGAUGUGAAAAAUACCUCAGGAGAUCGUGAGAACUUCCCAUCAAGUUCUAAAAAGUCUGAGGAGUGGCCUGACUGGAGCGAGCCCGAGGAGCCUGAAAACAAAGCUGUCAGCAUCCGGGUUUGUCCUACAGAAUCCUACGAUGCCUCCACAUCCCCACUCGCUGACGUGGCGGAGGCGGCGUGGGACGACCUGGAGCCCGGCAGCGUGGAUGCUGAGCCAAGCGCGGGAGGUGGAGGCCCAGCCGUGCCCCCAGGUGCCUCUAGGGAACAGGAGGCUCUUCCUACUUUGCUUUCACUCACUGAAGAGUCCGAGCCUUGGAAACCGAGUCUACCCCAAAAGACCAGUCUUGCACAAAGCGGAGAUGACCCAGACCAAACCAAGCCACCAAAAGUGUCGUCACAAGAAAGGCGCUUCACGGCUUCAUCAGAACUUGGUUUAGGAGAGGAGUUCACCAUUCAGGUAAAAAAGAAGCCAGUUCCAGAUCCAGAGUUGGACUGGUUUGCCGAUAUGAUUCCAGAAAUUAAGCCUUCAGCUACUCUUCUUAUUUUGCCUGAACUGAGGACAGAAAUGGUGGUUUCUGACAAGGAUGACGUCUCACCAGUGACGCAGUUUUCCUCAAAAUUUGCUGCAGCAGAGAUGCCUGAGGGAGAGUCUGAAGGCUGGGGAGACGAAGGGGAGCUGAACUGGGAAGAUAAUAACUGGUGACAACGGGUGUAACUUUAGGGAAAAGGAUUUCCUUAAAAAAAAAAAACAAAAAAAUCAAACUAAUACCUCAAAGCGGGCUCUGCAGACAAGAAAACCCAAAAGCCUCCGUUUUUGCCGACUGAAGCUCGAGCCCCCUGAGUGCUGGCUGGCGCCCCGCGGAGAGGCGCAGCGCUGGGUUCGUGGAGGAGGAGCCCGUGUGCGUCUGAGGCCAGUUUCUAUGAAGAGCAGGUAGCUGCGGAAAGGCUGAAGUUACUGCUUUUUUCCAGGACGAUUCCAAAAGAAAAUAAACACAAAAAUUCCAGCUGA